CAAGCUCGAAUGUUUAUUCCACCCGCUUUUGGAGAGAAAAACCAGGUCCGGCAGAAGGGAAAGGCGGUGGCCGUACUGCUGAGGACAGAGAAGAAGCUGGUGCAGGCUUGUUGGAAGUGCUAUUCAGGAAGAUACGGCAACUCUGAGGAAAACAGAUUGUGAUUUGUCUCUCCUGUCAUAGCAGCGCAAAGGAUAGCAAUGAAAAGUGGCUGAAGCGAACCGAGCAGGUUAGCUGUUAUCCACGUCACACGGGGGCAUUUUCUGCAAGACACCCGGCCGGCCGGCGCCAUGGAGCAGGAAGGCACAGUCGACUUCAAAUCCUUGCAGGCAAAGUUUCAGCAGGAAGGUACCUUGAGACAAAUAAUGAGUAAACCUGCCAUUCCAGAGAAGCCAAAAGUUGUUCCUCCUUCUGGGUCUCGCAAUUCUCUCCUGAACUCCAUCAACAUUGCAGUUGAGAACAAGAUGCCUGUCAUACCCAGGGUGGUCUUCAAAGAAGACAAGAAAGAGUUCAACAACAAGCAAACGCAGUCCACCCCAGGGCCCUUCAAAGUCAAAAAUGCUGUUAAAGAGCCCACCUCGAACACAGAAGUGGCAGACAACAUCCAGAAGAAAGAGGGAGACAUCGUGAAGCAGGCCUUCAAGGAUAAAAAGCCAUCUAUUGUGCCCCCAGUGUCUGUGUUGGAGGAGAAUUCCAACCCAAAACUUGACCCAGUGUCUCCAGUUCACAGUCCCACUCCUGAAAAGGCAGUCCUGCCUUCAAAACCAACCAAAACCUUAAGUAUAGGAAAAGAAUUUUCUCAAAAAACUGAGGGUUCUCUGAAACUGAGCUCAACUUCAGAACCACAAGCUACAACACCGGCACAGAUUAGUGUGGAAGACCCAAAGCCCGACGGUGGAAACUUUCUGUCUGAGAUAAGGCAACCCACAGAACCGCAGUCUCCCACUUCUUAUAGUUCAGCUCAAAGCCCUCUUCCUAAGAAAGCAGCACAGCCUGCAAAUUUCACCAGAAUUGAAAGUCCAAUAAAGGACAUUUCUCAGAUCACUGAGGGUUCUACUAAACCUAUCUCAGCUUCAGUACCAACGGCUAGAACACAGGCACAGAUUGGUGCAGAAGGCCCAAAGUUUGAGAAUGGAAACUUCUAUGAGAUAAGUCCACCUUCAGAACUACAAUCAUCCAGUUUUUACAGUUCCGUCAAGCCCACAGAAGGAAAGCCUUUAAGUGUUUCUUCAGUGGUUAAGACUUCUCCUUGUGAUCGUCGUGUUCUGAAGGCCUUGGAAAAAGCUAAGCAGAAAGCCUCUGUCAAAAAUGUACCCCUUAAUGAGGGUCUGUCAAACUUAGAAAACAUUACUAAACUGCACCCUGAGAUCCCUCCUGUCGACUACGAACACUCUCUUGCAGGGGGCAGCUCCAAACAACUGUCAAACCUCCCUUUGAUCUCUGACAUGUCUGUUCCACCAGCUAUUGAGGUUAAUGGCCCCUCUCAAAAACUCAAAGUUACAGCUCUUAAAAACCCGACUCUUGAUGACCCACUUGAUACAACAGGACUGAAAGCUCCAGAGGGAUUUGACACCCCAGACUUUGAGACUUCAGAAUUCCCAGACUUUGACACAUCUAAAUUUGAAGCUGCAGAGUGUCAGGGUGUAUUUGUUCCACAUCAUGAAAGUGUGCAGCAUGGGGCUGUGGAACACUGGACCGUCAACCAUAGGGAUCUGAAAUAUCCAGAAGCUCCACAUCAUCCAAAUGGUGGAGUUCUGCAAGAGGAGGUUUCUGUGAGUGAGACACCUGAAGCUGAAGCUGCCAGCACUGCAAUCCUGCACUCAGUAACCAAUACACAGUCAAUACCCCGUGCACUGCAUGAGCAGAGCGGUUAUGAGCAUUCUGUCGCUCACGAAAGCACUGACAAAGGCAGCAAGUCCCACAAAGGUCAGACCACACGGAAACGCAAAGUCUCCAUCAAAAAUCCCUAUGCUGAUAGUAAGGCAGUGAAUGAAAACUCUUCAAAAGGCUCAUGGCUCCGUGGUUCAAAGCAUGACAAGAGUGAGCGGAAGGGAAGCCCAGAAGGACCUUCUGACAAAGAGCUGAAGAAGAAAGAAAAACAACGUCUGGAGAAAGAGAAGAAGGAACAGAAGGAACGGGAGAAGAAGGAAAACGAAAUGAAAAAGAAGUUUAAAAUCACUGGACAGGAGGAAGCCAUGUAUCAGGCCGAAGUUAUUGCAGCAAGCAAGGGCCGUAAAAAUGGCCUUCCUGUGAAGAUCGGUGAGACUGUCAGCAUUAUCCGUACCACCAACUGCCCUAAAGGGAUGUGGCUGGCCAAGGACAGCAACAACAAGUAUGGUUACAUCCCAGUGAAAAAUGUUGAGCUGGACGUUAAGGAGAUGGUUGAGCUGGGGAAGAAGGCUACACAGGCUAAGGGUCACACUACCGUGGAUGGAGAAGCCAUCAGCAACAGCAGCAGAAACUCCAACCAUAAACCCUUGUCCACUGGCAGCUUUUCAGACGAGAGUGAGGAAUGGACAGGAGAUGAAGAGGAGCCCAUGUCUCCCACUGAGAACAGAGAAAACGUUUUUGAUGAGCCCAAGAUGCGGAGCCCGGCGAAGGUGGGAGGGCGCCAGCAGGACGGCACUACAAACAACAGCAGUACGCAAGCGGGACAUGAGGCAGUUCGGAAACUGGAAACUUUCUUCAAUCACCAGGAUGUGAACAGUGGCAUUAUAGAAAAUGUUGCCAAUGUUACUAAAAUAAAACCUGAAGAACCAAGUGUUAAACAUUCUAAAGAGGAAGCAACCUCCCUCAGAGAGCAGGAAGGAGAUUCAGAGCUGCUGGACAUGAUGAUCCUACCGCCUCCGGAACUCUACGCAGACAGUUAAUGUGGGAAGAACUUUGUGGAAUGAAGACAGAUUGAAAUCCAUCUUCUUCACAGCUGUUGUUAUGUUAUGGACUGUUAAGGUGGAGGAACAUUUAACUCAACACAUGAGUGGAAAUGUAUUUCAUCAGGUUAGGAGAACAAUACUCCAUUGUAUCACUGACGAAGAACAUCACAACUUUUUUCUGCUAGUCUACUUUUAUGUUCGGAUGACAUGGCAAUGAGAGUGGAGGAAUUUUGUUUUAAUGAGAUGCAGCAACAGACUGUACAGGUAGAACAGCUUUUGCCAAUCAUGAGAUUCACUGAGGCAUGGGAAGCAAACAAAGUUUCUCUGACUGCAUGAAUCUGCUCGUGACAGAAUUCAAAACACACGCUGAGUGCAGAACUCCAUGACAGUGAAUAUCAAAUAAAUACAGACUGGAAAACUAAAUUUUUCUCCACUUCACUUUUAGGACAUUUUCACCGCAAACUCCCUUUUUCUUCUGAUAUAGACCAUUCCAUUCUUUGCAAGACAUGGAAUUCUGUUUGUAGCAACAGAAGAAUCUUUGUGUCUAUAUGAUUUUGCCAAUGCAGUGAACUAAUUGUUCUAUUAAUUUAGUGAGAAAGAUUUUUUUUCUAGUUAUAUUGAACAUGUAAAUCAUAAAACAAGUAUUUAUAAAAGUAUUAAUAAUGAAGGUGAAACAAGCAUAUGGUGACAUAUUGCACUAUUUUUCAUCAUCGACCUAAAAUCAACAGGACCAUGUUUUUGUGUCAUUGGUCAAAAAUAGUAAAUGUAUUUGUUUUCUUAAAAUACUUGCUAAUUGAAUGUGAAAUAAAAAGACCUGUCAUUGAUUUUGGAACUUCCUGCAUGCUCUUUCGAACAUCCCAUCAGGUAACGAACAGAUAUGAGCAAGCCUGGCGUCAACUAGUAAUGAAAACUAAUGGGAGAUUUGUAACCCAACAAAAAA